AUCUUGCAGUAACAUCAUCCUAUUCUUAUAUAUAUCUACUUAAUGUAUUAUGUAGUUUACUAUUGGGUAUUGGUAGUUACUAUAUGCUUAGACAAUCCUAUAAUGAGGGUACUAAGUUCGAUACUCUACUAGUCAAUGCAUUCAACAAUAACAAUAAUACUACAGUACGUCAUAUGAAGGAUGUUAUGAGCCUUGAUAAUGAUGAAGGGCAGGAUAAGAAGAAUAAGAAUGAUGCUCAUGAUGAUGAUGAUAUAGAGAAUGGUGGUCAUGGUAGUAGUAGUACGAGUGUGGUGCCUGGACCUUUAUCAUUAUCAUCCUAUAGGAUAGGUGGUGGUAAGGAUAGGUAUAAGCAUCCUCUGCAUGAUGUAGUAGAUAGACAAUUGCUUGGUCUAGUUAAUAUGGAUGAUGUUGUGGAUAAGUCUUUGGACUUUCUACAAAAUAAGGAUAAUUGGUAUAAUAGUAGUGAUGAUGAUAGUCGAGAUGAACUAGAAGAUAAGGCUUUACAUACUAAUAAGGAUAAUGAUGAUACACCAUCAUCUGGCCCUACCACACCUUCCCCUUCUCCUAAUCAUCAUCCUACUAGUACUAGUAGUAGCAUGAUAUGGAAAUAUCGGUAUGGUCCUGCAUUGAAGUGUAGUGAUGUAUUAUCAAACAUAGAUCCAUUACUCUUAGGAGCAGUAUUACAGAGUAAAUCUUUUAAACUUAGUCUUAUGGAUCAGGCAGGAGUUGGCAAGGUUGUAUUAGUGGAUGAAGUAGAUCUUAAUACAUUAGUAUACUAUGAAAGGCAUCCACCUUAUCCACCUAUGCCAUUAUCAGAGUUUACCUAUUGUAGUCAUAUACACACUCUACCAUGCUCUAGUAAUCAUGAUGAUACUAAUGAUGAGGAUAGGUUAUUAUUGGUAGAAUGGGGUGUUACACCAUCAGCUCAGGCACAGAUGAGGAAUUAAAAAAGGUACCUGAGAUAUUCCCUGAUCUAGAGGCAUUCCUUAGUAAUAAGGAUGCUAUGGCUGAGGCAUUUACUACGGCCCUUGUAUUCAUCAAUAAUAACUUCGAUGAUAAUUGGACUCUAGCAACUACUAUAUGGCAAGAUAUACCACACUUCCGUACUGCCCAUCAUAUUGGUAUUGAUAGUGCUGAAGAUAUUACUACUGAUGCUAUAACCAAGGCUAGUCAUCAUCAUCAUGACUGUAUGGAUUCGAUAAAGAUGUAUAUUGUACAUAUGAAGGGUUAUGGUACUAUGAGGAAGCGUGAGGCUGUUAUCAUCAGUAUCAUGAAGGAGAUAUCAGCUAGUAAGGUUGCGGUACUCGAAUACUCAAUCCCCCCCAUCACCGGUAAUGAUGACGAUGUAUUAUCCAAUUAUACUCCUGAUAAAUCUUCGGUCCAUAUUACGACUACCUUUAAUGUGGCUCUAUUCGAGAAUGAUGCUGGUGCUAAUACUAAGGUAACCAUAGCAGGGUUGGUGCCGGUUGGUGGUAAAACGGAAAAGUUAAAGUUAAGUAUAAUGGCCGAGCGGGAAGUGAAAGCCCAACAGAAGCUAAUGACUCUUAUGUACAACUACUUUACUGAUACAUCUGAGGGUAGAUCAUUGGUCAUCAAUACUAGAACCACCAUAUUAGGAAAGGUAUGGAAACCACUACUAUCGGAUAGUAGUAUAGCUUUAUCCAAACUGCAAUUACAAUUCCUAAAGGCUAAUUCUGAUACAUUCAAUAUGCUAUGCAAUGAGGAAGAUCAUAUCAACACUAAUAGUAGUGAUAAGACUAUACCUGGAGGAUAUAGACGUGUUUAUACAAUGUAUGUUAUUGAUAAGGAUUACGUUAUCCUUGUGUAA